AUGUAUCAGCAACCACCACCCACAUACCCUACCGUUUUCUACACUGCACCCCAGGUUGUGACCUCGGCACCUUUACAGGGCCAGAUGGUCCCUGCAGGAGCCUCCGCAGUGGACACCACCGCCACCGCCGCAGCUGCUACCACCACUGCCCCGCAACCGGGGGUUCAAGUCGGAGCCCCCGCUGUGAUGAACACCGCGAAUCCAGCCCCGACUCUGGUUCCAACCACCGUCACGGCUGCACCCGGUGUUCAACAACAGUAUUUCCCUUCCUCAGCCCCUGUGGGAGCUACUACGGGGGUCCCCGCGGUAAUGGCUCCUGUAGCCGCAGGAGGUUACGGGGGAGGUUACACAAAUGUACGCGGUUACGGAGGAGUUGACAAUGGUCGGAGGCGACACCGAAGCCACAGUCAUGGAAGGCAUCACCACCACCGUCAUCGUAGUCAUAGUCAUAGUCGGGGAAGACACGGGCUGAAACGCGAGUUGAGAAAUAUGGCGGAAGAUGUUGUGGAAGCUCAGCUUGGUCACGGUCGUGGAGGAUAUGGAUAUGGGAACGACAGCGUACCUCCCUCCAAACAUCGCGGGCGCCAUGGAUUGACAAGAACCAGAAGUUACGAGUCUUAUUGA